UCUGCGAGAGGUGGUUGGCUAAUGGCCAGGAAACCACUCAACGCGUAAAAAGCUCCAGACGCGUCGUGGGCUUUAGACCAUCGUCUUUGACCGUCGUCUUGAGGUCGCCGACAACGCCGCCAACGAGAUUGGAUUCCUCAUAGGCGGGCCGACCGACGAGACUCUCCCACGCAACAAUGCCGCCCUCCCGCUUCUCCCCGCGCCAGGGGCACACCGAGGGAAUCACGCGCUGCGCCUACUCGCCCGACGGCAGGCAGCUCGUCACCGUCGGCUCCAACAACACCAUCCGCUGCUACCAGACCGGCUCCGACGGCGAGCCCAAGAAUAUUGACGAGUGCCCGGAGCAGAAUGUGGCCGUCGCCGCCGCCGCCGGCUUCUUCGUCGUCGGCUCCGAGGACGGCACCGUCAGCCGCUACUCGCUCGAGACGCACGCCUUCGAGUCGUACCUGCUGCGCACCCCGCUCCCCAUCCGCGACCUGGCCCUGUCCCCUGACGGCAAGUGGUGCGCCGUCGCCAGCGACGAGCUCGUCGUCAAGAUCGUCAGCGUCGCCGACACCUCGGUCGUGCGCCAGGCCCGCGAGCACAAUCGCCAGACCAAGCACCUCGCCUUCGACCCCCGCGGCGCCCUGCUCGCCCUCGCCUGCACCGACGGCGUCGUCUACGUCUACUCGCUGACCUCGGACCAGCCCGAGCUGAUCCGCAAGGUCGACGGCGUCAUCGGCUCCCUCGACCUCGAGUCCGAGGCCUCGGCCCUGCCCGCAUGGCACCCUGACGGCCGGGCCUUUGCCGUCGCCACCCCGACCCGCGACGUCCAGGUCGUGUCCAAGAACGACUGGGAGAAGCAGCGUGUGUUCGCCAACGGUCAUGAGGGUGACAUUACAGCCAUCGCCUGGUCGCCCAACGGCGCCCUACUCGCGACCGCCGCCAAGGACGGCAAGCUCCUGGUGUGGCAGACCAAGGACCAGUCCAUCGUCGCGAGGCACGAGGCCACCAAGGUCGUCGACAUAUCAUGGCAUCCUUCGAAAAACAUACUCUCCUACACCACCUUCGCCGGCGAGGUCUUCAUCUGCCCGGACUUCAUGACCGCACAGUUCGCCCCGCUGCUGCAGCUGCCCAUGCAGCCAUCCCCCUUCUUCCAUGACCCGCUGAGCGAGAUAUCGGCCAACGGGAGGCGUGCGCAAUUAGACGGCGGUCGGAACGAGGUUUCGAUACCACAGCGCCCAAGGCAAGGAUCGCCCGACUCACUGGACUCGUUUGGGGGAGGCAUACCUGGGGAGGACGACGACUUUGUCGUGGACGACGAUGGUGCCGGGUACACGUUGAAUAGCAAUGGAAAACGGCCGCACGAUGGCACUGGCUACGCAGAACAUGUCAGCAAGCGGUCCAACAUGGUCCGCUUCUCGUAUCAUGAAGCCUUCCAGCCCGGAUCAACGCCCUGGCGCGGUAACCGGAAGUACCUGUGCCUCAACCUCAUCGGGUUCGUGUGGACGGUCGACCAGGACUCGCACCACACGGUGACGGUCGAGUUCUACGACCACGAGUUCCACCGCGACUUCCACUUCACCGACACGUUCCUCUACGACAAGGCCUGCCUCAACGAAAAGGGCGCGCUCUUCUCGUGCCCGCCGCGCGAGGCGGCCGACGGCAGCAGCGACGAAGAGGGCAGGCCGGCCGUCGUCUUCUACCGGCCGCACGAGACGUGGACCCAGCGGACCGACUGGCGCACCCAGCUGCCCCCCGGCGAGGCGGUGCUGGCCAUGUCGCUGAGCGACUCGUUCGUCACGGUGACGACGACGGCCGGCUACGUGCGCAUCUAUACCCUCUUCGGCGUCCCCUACCGCGUCUACCGCCCCAAGAGCUCGCCCAUGGUGACGUGCGCCAGCUGGCGCGACUACGUCCUCACCGUCGGCAACGGGCCCGCCGGCCCGGACGGCUCCGCGCGCCUGCUAUACUCCAUCGAGGACGUCAAGAACGAUGUCGUCUGCCAGAGCGAGGACACCGUCGCCCUGCCCGAAGGCGCCAUGCUCAAGAGCGUGUUUUUCUCCGACGAAGGUGACCCUUGCAUAUACGACUCCACUGGAACCCUCCUGACACUCCUCCACUGGCGGCGGCCGAGCGGCGCCUCUUGGGUGCCACUCCUGGACACGCGGCUGAUGGACCGGCUAGCGUCGGGUCGGAAGCAGGAGACGUAUUUCCCUAUAGCCGUGGCGGACAACAAGUUUCACUGCAUCAUCCUCAAAGGCGGCGACCAGUACCCCUACUUCCCCCGCCCGCUGCUCUCCGAGUUUGAGUUCUCGGUGCCCCUGACCUCGACCCCGGGCGGUGGUGGCAAGAAGAAGAAAAGACCAGAGGGCGAGGACCAGGACGUCCAAGAAGAGGAGGGUCAGGAUGUCGAGGCCAGGCGGCUCGAGCAGCAGUUCAUGCUCAAGACGAUCCGGGCAGCGCAGCUCCUGGGCCGCGCCGAAGCAUCAUCAUCGUCCUCUUCCUCCUCGGAGCCCAGGGACGGCAGGCGCGCGGCGGCGGCGGGCCUGGCGCGCGUCGAGGUGGAGCUGGACAAGGUGCUGCUGCAGCUGCUGGCGGCCGAGUGUCGCGAAGGGGAGGAGCGCGGGAUGCGGGCGCUCGAGAUCGUGGGCCUCAUGCGCGACCGGUCCGGCCGCAUGGUCGAGGCCGCCUGCAAGGUCGCGGGCCGCUACGGGCUCGCCAUCCUGAGCGACAAGAUCCGCGAGCUGGGCGAGGCGCGGGCGGCGGCGGCGGCGAGGGAGGACGAGAGUAUGGAUGAGGACGAGGAGUUUUGAGGGGCAUUGUCGCGAGUGUGGUUUUUUUUCUUUUUUCUGUUUUGUACCUAUCUAAUGCUGAACGCUGACGACGUGACGGAUACGAAGGGGUGUUUUUGCAAGCUCGCCCCCCUUGAUGAAUAUUCCUAGACCAUGUAAUGAGCAUAUUCUGAAGUUCCGA